AUGAUGCAUAUAUUUACAGGAGAGUAUUUGCAUAUUAUAACAACUAAGUAUUCAAAAAAGUAUUAUUGAUCUUUGUCAAGCAUUUGAAAACAAAUCAUAUCAAAGUUAUAAAUCAGAUAUUCAUUAUAAUUUUGUAAUUCAAUUUGUCAAUCUUGAUGUAUUUGACAAAGCAAUCUAACUACUUACUAGUGCUAUAGAACUACAAAAUAUGAACCUGCUUAUAUAAAUGAAAGAGUAAAGUAUUAUUGGUUAGUAUAUAAAAUUACAUUAAAAAUAGAUAGAUUUUAUGA